AUGACCAUUGAGAAAAGAGACUUGGACGGAUCUAUGAGAGAGUCCGAUAAAAUCAUGAGAGAAUCGGAUGACGUCGACUUUUACCCCCCAUCAGUUCCCACGACACACACCACCACGUCAACCACGUAUCUCUCGAAGGUGCCUCGGGUGAUUUUGGCGGACAAGACCGCGCCAUGCGUGCUAGGGGUCGACGAGGCGGGCAGAGGGCCAGUGUUGGGUGCGAUGGUUUACGGGGUGAGCUACUGUUUGCAAGACUAUGAGAGACAGUUGAAGUCAGACUACGGGUUUGCUGAUUCCAAGACGUUGAGUGAGGAGAGGCGGACGCAGUUGAUGGCGCAGAUCUGCGAUGAGAGUAGUGAGUUGUUUGAAAACAUCGGCUGGGCUACCAGAUCCUUGACGGCGGCGGAUAUUUCCUCGGGGAUGUUGAAACCAAACGCAGUGGGCAACUACAAUUUGAACGAGCAGGCACAUGAUGCUACUAUAGAUUUGAUUCAGCACGUGCUUGACCUCGGGGUCAACUUAGCGCACGUCUACGUCGACACCGUGGGCCCGCCUGUGUCAUAUCAGACGAAACUCUCGGCCCGCUUUCCGGGGGUCAAGUUCACGGUUGCCAAGAAGGCCGAUGCCAUUUAUCCCAUUGUCAGUACCGCAAGUAUCUGUGCUAAAGUUACUCGAGACUACAACCUCGAGUUUUACCGCAAGCGCUUUUUGGGUGAAGAGCCGUGGGGAUGUGGGUACCCCUCCGAUCCAAGGACAACCAAGUGGUUGAAGGGAAAGGUGGAUCCCCUCUAUGGCUGGAACAGCAUGGUGCGGUUCUCGUGGCAGACGUCGAAGGACGCGUUGAAGAAUGGCGGUGCGGCCGAGAUUGUCUGGGAGGAGGAUGACUCCGCUAAGGCAGCGGAGGCGUUGGACAAAAUGGAUUUGAGCACCUUGUGGUGGGGGAGCAACACUGUUUUAGGGUAGGUACCCUGUGGACGCAGCGAUGUAGAGGGUCAGGGCUGCAGUAUAGCAGCACCACCUUGUUUAUUUUAUCGUUCUUUGAAUUAACAUAAAGAUGAUUGAAGAUGGAGGCGACUUACACGGACUCGACGUGGUAAUCAGGUGAGGUGCCGAGUAGAAGCAUGUUUGUACCAUGUGGCUACGCUUUUGUUUUGUUUUUUUGUUUUUUUUAAGGGACAAAAUCUAAUCACCU